CCCAUUCCCGCCACCUUCCCGCCCUGCCCCUGCCCCGCUCCCGCUCAAGGCCCUCCUCGCACCGCCUCCUCCUCUCCUGUGUAUCCAGAUUGUGUCCGACGAGAGCUUUGCCGGAGGCUGGUUGGAAUUCGACCAAGUGCAGUCCUGUUUCGCUUGUACUCGUUCGCAUCCGAGGUAGAUGCGAAGGAGGAACAUGUGCUGGAAUUUUUUUGUGUCACCUGCAUAUCAAUUACAUGACAGCGCUUGGUCUGUAUGAAGUCCCAAGUCUUGCCAUACCCUUUCGCGCGGGAUCUUUAGAAUACUCCAGAUUCCUUCCUUGGUGAAUGCAGACGAACUAGCCAUUCUUUGUUUUUUAUUCUUUUUAAGUGAAGGAACGAAGUCGACGAGGCGAAAUGGAUGAUGGGGUUAAAAGAGAAGGAGGCAACUUGUUAGGCUUACCUCCGCGUAAAAGAUUCAAAGUACUAGAGCAGCAGCGCAAGGAGUUGGAAGUAGAAUCGCAAGGGUUUGAUUCUUCUUGUAAUGAUAUUACAAAUGUAGUGCAGCAGCGUAUAUCUCCAAAGAAGUUGACAUCACAAGGAUUCUUAGUGUUGGAGAAGCAGAAAUACAAAUCCCAGCAACAGAAAUUACAAGAAAGUUUCGUGCAAACGUUGCUUCCGCUGCCGCCACGCCCUGUUGCUGUCAAACGGAAAGAUCCUCCGUCGGUGUUGGUGCCUAUUGCCGGAGGACAUGCGCCACCGAACUUGAAGCUGAAGUCUCCCUCUUCCAGUGCAUUUAAGAGCUGGAGCGGUCCUCCUAAGGUAGCUUUAUCUGAGACCACGAGCAUUUUGAAUGCCAAUCAUCCUAGUAAUGUGGCGCAUUCAAGUUCUAAUCAAGUCCACAGGGACACUUCUAGAGACUCUAAGCACAGAUCAAAACGUCAUCCACCAGUGGUAUCGUCUAAAGCUUCUCUUGUUUCCCGUGCGGAGACUCCGACGCCCUGGGUUUUGGCGAAAGGUACCACCUGCUCCACUAACAAAGCACAAGAAGAUGUGGAAAUGACGGUAUGUGAGGCUCUUGCGUCGAGUCUCGACAUAUGUAUCUCCGAAGAGGGUGCAUCGGAGAAGGCUGUGGACCCGGUAGUAACGGGAGCAUCUUCUCCCAUGGCGUUAUUGGAUCUCAACACAGUGAUCGUUGAUAUCGACGAUGCAUUUCAAUUUACCAAUACUGUCCCGGAGGAUCAACCCUUGGGUGACGACAUGCGGGAAGCAUCUCGGGCUGUUGAGGUCUCAAGUAAUGUCGAGACGAUGACUGCCACGGUUUCAUCUGUUUCCGUGAUCCAAGACACGGAAAAGAUUGAAACAAAAUUAAACACUGGAGUUUCAGCCGAAGCUGUCGAUGUAACUGCUGGCCUAUCUGUGCCGUUUGACUUCUCUAAUGCAGCUAAUGUUCCUCAAUUUUCCUCUAUGAACGUCAAGACAGAAAUCCAAGUGACACAUGUCGAUGGUAAGCAAAGGAAUGAUGAUUCGAAGAGCCACGUAUGUUCAGAUACAGCGAAGAGAGAUGAAAACAAGUUUCAAACCGGAAUGCACGGUCCAACUCAGGAAGUUCCCGUUAAUUCGGAUGAACUUGUAGUUGAGAAAUGCAAAGUGGAGGAACCAGACACGGCAGCUAGAGAAGGAAGAGUUGUGAAGGAAGAGCCCACUGCUUGUGCACAGAAGGGCACAAUCCAAGAGCUAAGUACCUGUUCCUCUCAGCUCGUGAGAUCCUGCACUGCCGGUUCUUCCAUAGUGGCGCUGGUUGAAAACCACACCUCUGAUGAGACAUCAAGCAAUCCAAAUUUAUUGGGGAAUGCGACAGUCUUUGAUAGCCACACGGAGGAUACGAGCCUUUUGAGUGGGUGUGAUAAAGGUGAUAUGCUUUGCGCAAAAAAGCAGCAGGAUGAGGUCACUGUCCCUGAGAUUGCCGACGCAUUGCACAGUCUCUGUGACUUGAAUACUCAAGAAGACCGGGAACAACAGGCCACAGCGUCUUUGAGUGGCGCACUUGUGGUGAUUGAGGAUGAUAAUACGCAAAAGACCGACGCACCGCAGAAUCCUAUUGCUAUAAAAUGCACAUUACUCGCCGACUUGGAUGAGCAGGCAGAACAGCUUUUCAAGCGAAUGUUCAAGAGAGAGGAAAACGGUGGAUGUUGCGUUGAGCCUGGCAGAACCAACGCUUCGUCUCAGAUUUUUUUUGACGCUGGUGAAAUGAGCAGUUCUAAUAGGGUGAAUGUCGACAGUGGAAAAUCAACUACCUCUAACUUUCAGGAUUUAGGGCAAGCAUCGACUUCUGAGCUUGAUGGUCAAAAGGGUGAUGUGAGAUGCUCUCAGGAGGGCCAUCAAAUACAAUUCCAAAGGCCGGCUGUCAACGUCGUAGAAGCUCCAAGCACUUCCCUCCCAACGGCAGAUAGCCCCUGUAGAGUUUCUCAACGUGAUGAUCGUAUUCUGUGCUCGGAGGGUCAACAACCUGACAGUACACCUUCUGCCGUUUCAAAAAACGGGGGUGUCUUGAUACAGGAACUGUUUCAUGAAGCAGAUUGCAAAUCAUCUAAAGAAGAUAGUGGCUGGGAUUCGGAGAUGGAAAUUCCCGAUUUCAGUUUCGGAAUACGAAGUGGGAUGACUCAACGUGUGAAAGCACCUGGUCGAUGGACAGAGACAACCGUAAUUGAGACCACCAACGUAGAAGAAGUUGAUGAGGAAGGCGCUUGUGAUGUAUGUUGCAGCGCAGAUGCGACCCCAUCGGAUCCCAUCGUUUAUUGUGAUGGUUGUGAUGUUGCAGUGCACGCUGACUGCUAUGGUAAUCCCUUGCAUCAUGGAAUUCCAGAAGGAGAUUGGUUCUGUGCUCAAUGUCAAAGCAGAAGCUCCGAGUCUCGAAGCUGCUGCCUGUGCCCUAGAUCUGGCGGUGCAAUGAAAAUGACGACUGAUGGAAAUUGGGCUCAUAUUUCUUGCGCUGUUUUCGUACCUGAGGUGUUCUACCGCAAACCGGAUGACAUGGAGCAAAUUGAUACAUCUCAUGUCCCCAGCAGACGCUUUCUUACCAAGUGUUGCGUGUGUAAAUCAACUGGAGGUGCAUGUGUGGAUUGCACAGAGAUCGGAUGCAGGUCAAGCUUCCAUGUUUCUUGUGCUUUGAAAAAAGAUCUUGCGAUGGAGUUUCGGAAUGGUCGAAAUGGCGCCAUUGUCAUCUCUUUCUGCGAGGAACACACUGCCGCCUGGGAUGAGCAGCAGGAGUCUAAGAAAGGGCGUUCUAAAUACAAAAUUGUUUCCCGGGAGCCGAUUCAGCCGAAAAAGAUUAAAACGCAUUCGAAGUCAAAGUCGCGGUCAUGAGAUGGGUGGGGGAGGAAGAAUAUUAAUUCUCUUAUAACAAUUGUGUGCUUCUAGAGGGUUGGGCUGUGUUGGUACUCACAAUCAACCUUCAUCCACUCAUUUUAGUUGAUUGUAUCAUACUCUUUAAUGAAGAGUUUCGUGUUAGGGUGUAGGGGUUUAAAUUGACUUGUAAUUCAAUUGGUUUCAUACUCAAUACAUUCAUUGCAAUGCUUUUCAUUUCA